UGAGUGAGAAAGCAAACAGAGUGUGUGUGUGGAUAUCAUUUGCUUGAUUUUGUGUGUGUGUGUGUGUGCGUGUGUGUGUGUGCCGUCAUUCACUGGCUGGAUGGCGUGGAACAGGUGUAACCAGGACUCUGCGUGGAGUGAAAUAGAGUGUGCCGCUCUGGUUGGUGAAGACCAGCCUCUCUGCUCAGACCUCCCAGACCUUGACCUUUCUGAACUAGAUGUCAGUGACCUGGAUGCAGAUAGCUUUCUGGGUGGACUAAAGUGGUACAGUGACCAAUCAGAAAUCAUUUCCAAUCAGUACGGCAAUGAAUCUUCUAACUUGUUUGAGAAAAUAGAUGAGGAAAAUGAGGCCAGCUUGCUGGCAGUUCUUACUGAAACCCUGGACAGUAUCCCAGUGGAUGAGGACGGAUUGCCUUCAUUCGAAACGCUGGCAGAUGGGGACGUGACCAAUGCCAGCAAUCCCAGCCGCCCAUUGACACCAGAUGGCACCCCUCCAACCCCAGAGGCAGAGGAGCAGUCUCUAUUGAAGAAGCUUUUGCUUGCUCCAGCUAGCUCCCAGCUCAGUUAUAAUCAGUACACAGGUGGCAAUGUACAACAUCAUGCACCUAAUAAUCAUAGGAUCAGACCAACCCCUGCUGUUGUCAAGACAGAAAACUUUUGGAACAGCAAGACAAGGGCAGGCUGCCAGCAGCAGCAGCAGGAAAGGCCGGUGAGGCGCCCGUGCUCAGAGCUACUCAAGUACCUGACUGCCAGUGACGAGUCUGUACACACCAAACCCAGUGAACAGAAAAGCAUCAACAGUAGGGACAAAAGCAGUGCUCCCUCCUUCUCCUCCUCCUCUUCCUCCUCCUCCUCCUCCUCCUCCUCCAAAAAGAAGCCGCAGCUGCAGUCUCAGCAGCAGUCGCAUCACCAGCAAGCCAAACCAACCACCUUGCCGCUUCCUUUGACCCCAGACUCUCCAAAUGACCACAAAGGAUCUCCGUUUGAGAAUAAAACCAUUGAACGCGCAUUGAGUGUUGAGCUUUCUGGAACAGCAGGUCUGACACCUCCCACCACUCCUCCUCACAAAGCCAGCCAAGAUAAUCCUUUCAAGUCUUCAGUGAAGCCCAAGUCAUCACCAUGCAGCUCUUCUGCCCCGCCGUGCAAAAGGCCACGGUACAGUGAUCCCUCCACCUGUCCCCUGGCAAUCAGCCCAGUAAAGAAGGGCCCAGAACAAACAGAACUGUACGCCCAGCUUAGCAAGGCAUCCACAUUGCCUGGGGAGCAGGAAGAGCGAAAGGGGAAACGUCCCACCACACGUUUAUUUGGUGAUCAUGACUACUGCCAGUCUUUAAGCACAAAAGGGGGCGUUUCUCUUAACCGGUUGCAGGACCGGCAAGAGGACAGGCAUCAGGAAUGUAGAGACUCCCCAUCCUCUGCUGUGCAACAGUGGACUCAUUCCCUGCCUGAAACAGACCAGCAGAGCAGUAGGGAAGAGAGGCAACAACAGCAACAGCACCAGCAAGGGAAGCAAGCUGACAACAGCAGGAAACCACUUCAAGACCAAGAAAUCCGGGCGGAACUCAACAAGCACUUUGGUCACCCCAAGCAAGCGAUGUACAAUGAAGAGGAGGAAAAGUCUGUCAGCCAUCCGACCGAGUGGGACACUGGAGACGAGUAUUACUGUAAACUGCCCGGGUAUGUCCACCCAGGCCUUCCCUUGGAAGGGGUGUUUGACGACAGCGAGGAUGAGAGUGAGCGGUUCCUGUAUCCCUGGAGUGGGACCCAUUCGGACCUCUUGUUUGAAGGCUCUCCUUCCUGCUCCCCUUCCAGCUGCUCCCCUUCACGGGGCUCAGUUUCUCCGCCCAAAUCCCUCUUCUCCUCAAAGCGUUUUCACUGGCCCAGGUCAACUUCCCGCUCCUGGUCUAGGUCCAGAUCCCACCCCCGGCAACGGUCCUGCUCCCGAUCUCCGUACUCCCGUUCAAGAUCGAGGUCCCCAUGCAGCAGGUCCUCAUCACGAUCUCGACACAACAAUGAUUCAAGCCAUAGUAGACCCAGGUCCCACAGAAGUUCACAUUUGCAUUCAAGAUCCCGAUCCAGGUCCCCCUACAACCGGAGGCCCAGGUAUGACAGCUACGAGGAAUACCAGCACGAGAGGCUAAAAAGGGAGGAAUAUAGGCGGGAUUAUGAAAAACGGGAAUUCGAAAGAGCGAAACAGAGAGAGAGGCAGAGGCAAAAAGCAAUUGAGGAGCGGCGUGUCGUGUACGUGGGCAGAGUCAGGCCUGACAUAACCCGAACGGAGCUGAAGCGCCGAUUUGAAGUUUUUGGUGAAACCGAAGAGUGUACAGUGAAUCUGAGAGAUGAUGGGGACAAUUUUGGUUUUAUCACCUACCGCUAUACUUGUGAUGCCUUCGCUGCCCUUGAAAAUGGACACACCCUACGCAGGUCAAAUGAACCUCAGUUUGAGUUGUGCUUCGGGGGAUGCAAGCAGUUCUGCAAAUCAAAUUAUACAGAUUUGGAUUCCCAUUCUGAUGACUUUGACCCAGCUUCCACUAAAAGCAAGUAUGACUCCUUGGAUUUUGACAGCUUGCUGAAGGAAGCACAGCGUAGCCUGCGUAGGUAACAAGUGCCAAACUUGCCAUCGACAGAGGGAUUCGUAAUACCUCAUGGAGGUUCUGUCCUUCAACAGUGAUAGACUACCACAAGUUUUACACUCUACAGAUGGAAAAAAUAAAUAAAGUUUACAUGAACAUAGCUGCUGAAGAACCGAGAAGAAAGAUGAUCAAACCAACAAACCUUCCUAUCUGAACAGAGGUCAGUGCUUUGGAACAUGAAAUAUGUGGAUGGAAGACCUUCCAUGUUCUACAAACAAAACAGCUUUUUGACUGGUGAAAAAUGCGCAGCUUGUUCAAUUUUUUUUUCUGAUUUUUGGAUGUGGUGUUACAUUAUUAAAAAGAGUUGGGAAUAUAUAACUGGGGUGUUUCAGAUAUUUUUAUUGAUUACAAUGUGCAAAAAUGUAGUUACAUAUUUACAGAUGUUAAAUGGAGUAUUUUUAUUUUAUGUACAUAUCUGACAAAGUUCUUUAUUUGUUACAGCUAUGCACUGUAAAAUGCAGCCUUCUUUUCAAUGAUGCUAAAAUGUUCUUAAUCAUGAAUGUUCAGCUGUAGUUAUGAUGAUAACGAUGGCCUGAAACCCUUAUUGUACUCUGACGUGUUUAGAGAGGUACAGAUGUGCUAAUAUGAUUGUAUGUGUGUGUGUGUGUGUGGAUUUGCAGAGCACAUGAAGAGAAUCCUUAUUUUAUUUGAGAUGUCAAGGCUGCUGUCUGCUGGAGUUUGUGUAAGUGUUUGCUCUGUUGCAUAGUCAAUGUGUUCCCUCUACCACUUCUUGUAAAAUACAUUUAUUUUUAUCUACAAAAGUUUUUUUUUUUUUUUCAUGAUUGUAUGUGAAGCCUAAAAAGGUUAAAAAUCGAGGGGUUUUAAUUUUAUUAUUGUAUAGCUUAAUUCAGCUUUUCUGAAUCAGCUCCGUAUAAAUAUAUAGCAGCUUAGGGAACACUGCAUUGCCAUCUUUUGUGGCAUAUGCCUGUUAUUGGUUAGAUUUUUCUUUCUGAGCCAUAUCUAUCAAUAUUUAUUUUUACAAAAAAUAUUUUGUACGUUUUUAAGACAUGCAUAACCUGCAAUACAUUUAACUAUUUAUUCUGUUUAUUAUUUAAAUAUUUAAUCAAGGAGGGAAAAAACACUGUCAAGUCUGAUUACACUUCCACUAUUGCAAGGCUUUAAGGGUGCUGUCCAGUGAAUUGUUCAUUUUUCUUCUCAACUGAAAUCAGAUAGACUGCCCUUCUUUGUGCUUUCAAUACAAGACAGUCCUUUAUUUUUCCGGUAUUUAACUUUCGUUAUUUCAUCCUUCACAGAGGGAAAAAACGUAUGCAUAAAAAUCAAGCAUAGCGUUCCUUUUCUGCUUUUUUUUUUUUUUUUUUUUUUUAAAGAUGAUCAAAUCAUAAGUUAAACAUUUACUUUCAUCCAGAAAGCUUGAAUAAACCUGCUUCUGUCUGGAAUACAGCUGUACUUGUUCUUUUCAGAAAUCAUUGUCUAUAGCUAUCAUAAUUUGCUUGAUUUUGGAUUCAGAUUUUAUUUAUUUUUUUGUAUUUUUUUCAAAUAGUCAUAAAGCAAUAAGAACAUGUUUUUACAGGUACCUUGUUAUACCAGUAUACUCCUCAGUCAAUGCUCUUGAUGUUGUUCUGUAGGUAACAAUGCAGGUCUUUCAACUCGCUUCAUUAUGUGAAUGCCAAACGAAGGUUUACAAUUUUCUUUCCUGGAUUUUUACAAUCUUCUCUUUGAUGUAAUAAUAAUAGUAAUAAUAAUGAAAGAAAAAAAACACAAAGCAAUAAUUUUAAUUUUAAUUUUAUUUUUUUUAUUUUUUUUAAUAUACAUUUUAGCUUAUUAUGUUGUGUGUAUCUGGAGCAGACACAUUACCCAGUUUGCUCACCAAAACAUUUAGGAGUUUAUUCAAAUUGUUUUAGCACAAUGUCCUUUCAGUAAUGAUUGACAGAUAAUGUAGGUGUCUUUGUGUCAGCAUUUUACACUGUAGAUAGUGUUUAUGUGGUUUUUUCCCUUAAUAGCAAUAUAUAAUUGAAUAUUUUGGAAGACUUAGUAUUCCCUAAUAUAGAUGUUCAACCAUCUUAAAAUACUGAAUCCACCUGCUGACCAUUGCACUAAAUUAACCACAACCAUGCUCAAUUCCUUUUACAACACUAAACUAAAUUGCAUAUCCUUUGAUGUCUAGAAUGUGCUUGCAGUAAUGUCUCGAUAUCAAAGUACCCUUUUAGUGUUUGACAAAAGGCAACCUGCAGUGAUGUCCCAUUGAUUGUGCUUUCUUAUUGCACUCAGCUUUCAGGUUAUGAGAAAGCUAGAUUACAUCAAAAGUUCUGGAAAACCUCUGUAUAAAAGCUUAUCGAUUGCUGUAUACUUUUCAUGAAGUAAGCCUGGGUAGUAAAGCUCUUUAUUUAAGGUUAUAAAAGACAUCCCCCCAGUGAAAUAAUAUGAAUACCUUUUUUUCUGUUUAGAGCUUGGGUAAUGGUGUCAUGUCCAAUUUGGUAGCUGUGGCUUUAAUCGUUGUAAUAUAAAAUCUGCUUUGUAAAUUGCCUAGAGUAGCAAUAUAAUAUAACACUUGAUUCAAGAUUUUACCUGAGUGACAGACUUUUUAAUAAUGUCAAAUACUGGAAUAUGGCUCUGCUUUAACGUGUGUGGGAUAACGUCUUUAUGUUGUUAGGACUAUACUGUGGGAGACGGAGCAAGAGGGGUGUCUAUUUGUGUCCUAUCCAGGUUGUCUUUCAUCCACCAACUAUUUACCUAUACCUUUGUGGUUCUAGCCGUUGUAUAAAAUUCUUGUGAAUUAUUUUUUUUUUUAUGUGCAAUUCUCAUCAGCCUCACCAAGCUAAUAAAGGGAAACAGAUGUUUCAAUGA